CACCCUAUAGUAAUAUCUUAUUAAGAGACUCGAAUUUUCAAACUCGUGUGUAGUUCUAAUAAUAAUGUUAUAUAUACACACAUCAAUGGGAGUGACCAAAUUAUACCAAACAAACACAUAUCUCUUCCUCGUUGUCCUCCACCCCUCAAAAAUAUCCUACAUUCUUAUGCUCCCCUUCUUAGUUCUUAUCCAAGCCAUAAUAACAACAACAAUUCACUAGAAUAUUAAACUCGACCAAAAUAUUACCACUUUUUUGGCCGCCGGGAAAAUGUCACAUUCCGGCAACAACUACUCCAUCCCCUUCUCCAAAAAGAGAAAACAACUCUUCUUAACCCUCUUUUCAGCCGUUUUACUCGUCGGCCUAGUCGACGGAGUCGCCGCCGCCGGAGUCAACAACGAAAACCACUCCUCCUCCUCCUCCUCCAACAAUCUGGCAACAGAAAUAUUCGAACCCCAUCACGCCAUCAUCAACUCAGCAUGCAGCGCCGCGCGACAUCCGGAACUAUGCUUGACCACCUUGGCAACCGCACCUAUCCAUGCAAAGAGACAGAUCAAAUCCCAAAAGAACGUCAUCGAGCUAGCACUAAACAUCACCCACACAACGGUGGAGCACAACUACUUCGCCGUCAAGAAGGUGCUCGAAAAAAGAGCCAAACUCUUGACGGAGCGGGAGAAGACCGCGUUGCAUGACUGCCUGGAAACCAUUGACUAUACACUCGACGAGCUCCACACCGCCAUGGAAGACCUCAAACUGUACCCCACACAGAAGUCGCUGAAACAGCACGCCAACGACCUCAAAACCCUCAUCAGCUCCGCCAUUACUAACCAGGACACGUGUCUCGACGGGUUUUCCCACGACCAGGCCGACAAGAAGGUCCGGAAGGUUCUGGAGAAGGGAGAAGUCCACGUGGAGAAGCUCUGCAGUAAUGUUCUUGCCAUGAUCAAGAACAUGACGGACACCGACAUUGCGAACGAGGAGUUGAGAAUGCAGCUGUCGUCCAACGCCGGCGGCUCCCGGAAACUCAUGUCGUCGGCGGGGGACGGAUGGCCGGAGUGGUUGUCGGCCGGGGACAGGAAGUUGUUGCAGGCGUCUACGGUGACCCCUGACGUGGUGGUGGCUGCAGAUGGGAGCGGAAAUUAUAGGACUGUCUCAGCGGCGGUGGCGGCGGCGCCGACUAAGAGUAGCCGGAGGUACGUGAUUAGGAUCAAGGCCGGUGUUUACAGAGAGAAUGUGGAUGUCCCUAAAGGGAAGACUAAUAUUAUGUUCAUGGGAGACGGUAGAGCUAACACCAUCAUCACCGGAAGCCGGAAUGUCGUCGACGGCAGCACCACUUUCCACUCCGCCACCGUUGGUGAGUUACUUUAAUUAAUGUCACAUUUACACUUCAUAUUUUCUUUUUCUUUUUUUUUCUUUAAUUUCAGAACGGAUAAAGUCUUAUAAAUCACGGGAAUGCUAGCUCAUAAUAACUAAUUGGUUCCAAAGUAAGCACAGUUUGAUGUUGAUAACCAAAUCACUAAGAUCACAAAUUAUGGCUAUAGUUAGUAGUAUAACUAAAUACUUCACGUGUAGCGCUACGUAGCUACUUAAGAGGUUAGCAAUAAAGUUGACCGAUUACUUUUCAUCAAAAAGAAUUGAUAGUGUUACAGAAGAUGCCGUUUAAUUCGUUGAGAUGGCCAGGAAAGAAGGUGUAUCGAUUUAAUGUUGCAUUUCUAGUCGUUUUUUUUUUUUGCUGUAUAUAAUAUAUGUACACGGGUUGUUCAGUUUAUUUUCUCCAGUUUUCAUGCAUUGAUUUUUGGCGAUAAAUUGUACAAAGGCAUUCCAAUUUGACUUGCAUACGUUUCGAUGUAGCAGCCAUAACAUAGGUCAUUUUCUUGGAAAAAAAAAAGACAUCAGUUCCCAUCAGCUUUAGCCAGCCUAGCUGUCCCUUAUCCUCUCAACUCAUUGAUAUCUUUAGUUUUGAAUUUUGAUUUAUUACUCUCCCUUUUUCAAAAUAAUUAUUCCGUCUUAAUUGUUUUAAUUCGAUUCCUGUUCGUCAUUUUCCUAGGAACCCAACACGUACAUAUAUAAUUGCUUGGAUAGUGAUUAGAGUAAUGGAGAGGUGUAGAAUUAUUGGGUAGUCCUAGCUUGAUUACCUUCAUUAAGUUAGGGUUUCAUACAAUUUUUCUUUUAAGGAUGUGACCUCAUUAUUUACACCGACAAAUCUCCCAAAAAGAGAAGAUUAGCUAACUUGUUCAAUGAGUAGUUGUUUCUUAACCUUUUUUAUCAUUAUCAACCACAGUUUCGUUUGAAUCAAUUUUAAUUCACUAACAACAUAUUAAAUAUAAAUAAAAUUUGCACAGGGAAGGACCAUUGAUUUGACUAAUCGAACAGCAACAUGGAUUUUUUAUUUUUUUUUAAAAAAAGUGAUUGUGAUAUAAAGUUUUACAUAGCUACACACAUAUACACAUUAUACUGUUUCCAUAUUGUCUCUGGCCAAACCAGUUAAUUAUUUUCUUCCAGAGGUUUUCUGCUUUCCAGCUGAUCAAUCACCACUUUUUGCUUGGACUGUAUCUCUUUCUUUUCUUGCGCUAAUUUGCAUCUAAUUUGACUUAUUUACUAGCAAAUUUGCUAUAGCUAGCUAGCCAAUUUGUUCCCCGAAUAUGAAGAAAUCUCACAUGUUGCUUGCCUACUGCUACACGGUAGGAGUUUUCGAUUUAAAAGUAAUCAAAUUUUCUAACUCUUUCCUUCAAUUACGGUUUCAUUAAUAUAACAUUCCUAGUCUCUGACUAAAGGCAUGAACUUUUACAUUAUGAUUGUUUUGUUCUCCAAGUUGACUAAUAAUUAGCUGUCAUUGAUUAGUAGAAUAUCAGAAGCAUAUAUAUUACAAUAAAUCAUCGAGAUUGUUGUGUUACCUAAGCAUGCUAGCUAUUCCACUCAUACUGAAGAUGUAAUUCAUUUUGUUAUAAAUAGAAAUAAUAUAAUUAGUUGAAUUAUUUCUUUCAGUGUGAGUAGAAUAUACUUUUUUAAUCAUCUGUAAACAUUUUGUAUAAAGAAUUAGAACGGCCGUCCAUGAAAGCCGCCAAUCAGUAAAACAACAAUAUUACUAAAGGAAUCAGUGAAGAAUAUACGUAUAUCUUUGCAUGUGCCAUCAAUUAUUGAACUUUAAAGAAAACUAAUACACAGUAGGAGUAUGUAUUGUGACUCGUGAGGAUAAUAUAGCCACUAUCAUUUGUAUAUAUGUAUGCUUGUGCAUGUGGCUUGCUUUACAUGGGCUCCAUCAUAAAUACUUCCCCUACAAUUUAUUUAUUCAUUUUGUAGUUGUUGUAUUCCGAUUUUGUUAGCGGGUAAGGGUAUAUAUCACACAUUCUGUUCCUCAUUAAUGAUUAAUCAGACAUCUGCUUUUCUUAUUCUUCUUUUUUUUUUUCCUUAAAAAAAAAAGAAAAAAGCUCAUGAAAUUGUGCAAUGUGUCAACUUGUUCGGUAUUAAUUGAUACCUUUGAUUUUCAAGUGGACCAAAAACUUGUACUCUCUCCAUUCCGAAUUUAUUGUCCAGUUUUAACUUUCAUUUUUAAUACAAAUUGAACUGAAAAAAAAAAUUCACACUCGAUAAUAAUUUUGGAACAGAUUAAGUUUAAGUUUUCUUUCAUUUAUCAUCAUCCUUUCUCGCGUUUUCACCCAUCUAGCUAUCAAUGGAUCACUUACACACUUUUUACCAUAAUAAUGUUACAAAUAUCUUGAGCUAGGACAAGUCUAAUCAAAGGUACUCAUCCGUUAUAUGUUAGUAGUGUAAAGAGAUAAAAGGCAUACCAAUGGACAAAUCCAAACAUACUUUUAACAAGGACACGUGAAUAUGUGAUCAUUUUAGUUUAAUUGUUGUUUACUUCAAUUGUAAGUCCGUAGUAGCAUCCUUCAUCUUCAUGUAUAUCCCUCCCAGGGUAAAUUUAAUCAUUAUUAACACACAUAUUGGGCUAAUAAUAAUGAUUAUUUUGCAUGGAUGCGAUGACGUGGCAAACAACAGCCGUGGUCGGGGAAAGAUUCUUAGCUCGGGACAUCACAUUCCAGAACACGGCGGGGCCGUCGAAGCACCAAGCCGUGGCCCUCCGGGUCGGGUCCGACCUCGCCGCCUUCUACCGGUGCGAUAUCCUGGCCUACCAAGACACCCUCUACGUCCACUCCAACCGACAGUUCUUCAUCAACUGCCUCAUCGUCGGCACCGUGGACUUCAUCUUCG